AUGCCACAGCAGCUCCUGAUCACCCUGCCCACCAAGGCCAGCACCUGGGUGAAGUUGCACCAUCCAAGGAAGGCCAAGGAGGGGGCGCCCCUGUGGGAGGAUGUGACUAAAAUAUUUGAAGCAGAAGCUGUGCCAUCUCAGCAAGUUGAUGAGUCCCAGGGAGAAAGUUGCAAGGAUGAAAUGACUCCUGGGCUCCUGACAGCGGGAUCCCAGGAACUGUUAACCUUCAAGGAUGUAUCUGUGGACUUCACUCAGGAGGAGUGGGGGCAACUGGCCCUUGAUCACCAGAAUCUCUACCGGGAGGUGAUGCUGGAGAACUAUGGGAACCUGGUCUCAGUGGCAGGAUAUCAACUUUGCAAACCUGUUGUGAUUUCCCAGUUGGAGAAAGGAGAAGAACCAUGGCUGAUGGAUAAAAAGAUUUCGGGAGGUUCAUGUUCAGACUUGGAGAAUAAAACAGAAACCAAAGAAUCAACCUUAAAGAAUGAAAUUUCAUGGGAAGAAUUACAUUCUGGGCUGAUAAAGGAAAGGUCCACAAGGAGAAGCACCUUGUAUUCUACAUUGGGAAGAGUCUUAAGAUGUGAUAAAUUAGAAAGUUACCUGGAAAAACAAGGUAGAUCACCUGAGGGGCCAAUCCCCUCAAUCCAUAAGAAAAUUCUUACUCAAGAGAAAAGCCAAGAAUCUAAGCAAUUUGACAAAAAAGUUAAUUUUAGCUCAAAAAUUACCCCAGGACUAGCAGGUUCUUCAAGAACAAAAGAUCAUAAAAAUGACACCCCUGGAAAGAGAAACAAAUGCAAUUUAGAUUUGAUUAAUCAUUCAAGGAGUUAUACAAAAAUGAAAACCUUUGAAUGUAACAUUUGUGAAAAAAAUUUCAAACAACUCAUUCAUCUUACUGAACAUAUGAGAAUUCAUACUGGAGAGAAACCUUUCAGAUGUAAGGAAUGUGGAAAAGCCUUUAGCCAAAGUUCAUCCCUUAUUCCCCAUCAAAGAAUCCAUACUGGUGAGAAACCCUAUGAAUGUAAGGAAUGUGGGAAAACCUUUAGACAUCCUUCAUCCCUUACUCAACAUGUUAGAAUUCAUACUGGAGAGAAGCCCUAUGAAUGUGAGACAUGUGAGAAAGCCUUCAGCCAGAGCAUUGGACUGAUCCAGCAUCUGAGAACUCAUGUUAGAGAGAAACUAUUUACAUGCAAAGACUGUGGAAAAGCAUUUUUCCAKAUUAGACACUUGAGGCAACAUGAGAUUAUUCAUACUGGGGUGAAACCCUACAUUUGUAAUGUAUGCAAUAAAAACUUCAGCCAUAGCACAUACCUAACUCAGCACCAGAGAACUCAUACUGGAGAAAGACCAUAUAAGUGCAAGGAAUGUGGGAAAGCCUUUAGUCAGAGAAUACAUCUUUCCAUUCAUCAGAGAGUUCAUACUGGAGUGAAACCUUAUGAGUGCAGUCACUGUGGGAAAGCCUUUAGGCAUGACUCAUCCUUUGCUAAACAUCAGAGAAUUCAUACUGGAGAAAAACCUUAUGACUGUAAUGAGUGUGGGAAAGCCUUCAGUUGUAGUUCUUCACUUAUUAGACACUGCAAAACACAUUUAAGAAAUUCCUUCGGCAAUGAUACAUGA